UUAUAAGUGGUGCGAGUGUUACGAUGUCUUCAGAUUUAAAGUUUAAUGGGAAAGUAGUUUUGGUGACGGGCUCGAGCUCUGGCAUCGGGGAGACCACUGCUCUUCUGUUCGCCAAAUUGGGUGCAAAAGUUGUGGUCACCGGAAGAGAUGCGACCAAAGUUGAUGAGGUGGCCCUUCAAUGUCAGCAAAUCUCACCGCAAAACUUCAAAGUUCUGAAAUUUGUUGGGGACUUAGGAGAGGAUCAUAAUGUGGAUCGGCUCAUGGAUCUGAUAGUUAAGACUUAUAACCAGUUGGAUGUAGUGGUGAAUAACGCCGGCAGAGGAAUAGAUCGGACAGAGACGGAUCCGAUGAAGUCUUUCGAUGACUUGCAUAAAGUGAACCUCAGAUCCAUUUAUCGCAUUUGUCUU